AUGCGUGAUUUAGGGUUUCACGAACAACGAAGAUCCUGGAGGCGUACCGGUUCAACACGACGUAACUCCACCACCACCGCCACCGCCGCCGGGGAUACUAGUCCCGACUCCGUCAUCUUCACUCUCGAAUCUAACAUCAGUAUCUUCUCCUCAGCUUCCGCCAGCGUCGAUCGCUGUUCCUUCGCUUCCGAUGCUCACGACCAUGACUCCUUGAACUCCGAAAUCUCACUGCAUUUGGCUGGGAACGGUGAUUUUGCUCCGAGUGAAAGCUGGAGCGGUCCAGAUCCGGAUCCGAAUCCGAAUCUGAGUCCAAAUAGACAACAACAUCAUGCAGUUGCAGAUACGGUACAGAAAAAGAAGCUUCACGGAGAAAAAACAAAAGUUCAAAAGGAAGAAAGUGACGUUGACACUGAAGAAGACGGUAAUCAACUAUCGGAAUUUGAUUCCGCGAGAAACUCUUUCUCUCUAGCACUUAAAGAAUGUCAAGAUCGUAGAUCGAGAUGUGAAGCUUUAUUUAAGAAGCAAGACCGGCGAAGACCUGCUUCGUUAGAUCUGAAUAAUGCCAAUGCUAUUGGAGCUGUUUCUUCACCUCGUUUGGGAAUUGGAGCUAUGAAGAAGAGUACGCUUGCGUCUCGGAAAUCUGGUACCGGUACCGGAACUGGAACUGGCAGUUUUCCAAGUCCUGGAACUCCGAACUAUCGUCACUGUCAAGGUGGUGUUGCAAUGCAGAAGGGUUGGAGUUCUGAGAGAGUUCCUUUGAGUGGGGUCCGCAAGCAAGUUGGUAAUGGUCCGGCUGCAUUGUGUUUAAGCAAUGGGAGAACGUUGCCGUCUAAGUGGGAAGAUGCUGAGAGGUGGAUUUUGAGUCCUGUUUCGGGGGAUACAGCUGGAAGGGCUUUGGUUCCACAGCCACUGAGGAGGCCAAAGUCGAAGAGUGGUCCUCUUGGUCCACCUGGUGUUGCGUCGUUGUAUUCACCUGCAGGUCAUUAUUUUGAUGGAGGGGGUUUUAUGUCAGCUUCACCUUUUUCUGCUGCUGUUAAUGCUUCAUCUGUUGGGUUUACAAAUAGUUCUGGGGGCAAUGGUGGAGUGCUUCCUGCACGGACGGAUCCUUGUAUGGCUCGCUCAGUUAGUGUACAUGGCUGCUCUCAGAUGCAGGGCCAGUCGUCAGUUCCUGCCCGAGAGGAAAAGUUCGAUAGUUUCAAGGAUGCAGGCACCAAUGUAUCUCCUGCUGUUUCAAGGAGGGACAUGGCUACCCAGAUGAGCCCAGAGGGAAGUUCAUGCUCCUCUCCCAAUAGGAGGACUUCUUUCUCUGCUUCCACACCCCCUGCCAUGCCUGUCACUGAGUUGCAGAGUGCCUCUCUCUCUAAAAUGGAUAUCAGGGAUGUGCAGGUAGAUGAACGUGUAACAAUGACAAGGUGGUCCAAGAAACACAGGGCCUUAUUCAUUGGUAGAGGUUCAGAGAGUGUCGACAGCUGGAAAAAGAAAGAAACAAGCACUCGAUCUACAUCUUGGGAAAUUUCUGAAAGCUCAAAGACUAUUUCAAAGGCUAAAAGGGAGGAAGCCAAAAUCACUGCAUGGGAGAACUUGCAAAAGGCGAAAGCUGAGGCAGCAAUACGGAAACUUGAGAUGAAGUUAGAAAAGAAGCGAGCAUCUUCCAUGGACAAGAUUAUGAACAAACUGAGAUCCGCUCAGAAAAAGGCUCAAGAAAUGAGGGGUUCAGUUCUAGACAACCAGACACAUCAAGUUGCCAGAACUUCUCACAAGGUUAUGUCAUUUCGGAGAGCCAGCCAGAUGGGUUCUUUGAGUGGUUGUUUCACCUGUCACGCCUUUUAA